UCAUAAAGCUGGUUAUGACGCAUUCAGCAUUGUUUAUUCAUUGUUAUAAAUCCUUGUUGGAUUAAACAGAAUGCGCUCAUAAUGUUCUGAAUACCUCCCAAAUUCAAACAGAAGUUAACCCCACUUUUCAAAUUCAAACUCUAACCUCAAAUAUCACCAAAGUCAACAAUGGAAUUUAUAUCGAGUGCUCGUUUAGACAAAUACAAAUCAAUUUUAGAUCAAAUCGAUAGCGAAUACAAGAAACACGAACUGUUAAGCAAAAAGUUUGAAAAGAUCACAAAUCAGCUGGCCGCAGUUCGGCUUACAACCGAAAAGCCUUUGUCCACAGAUAUCUGCAAGGUUUUCGUUAAGGUUUACGACUCGGUGUUCGACCUAUUCUUCUUAUACGGCGACGAAGAAGCCCAACUCGAACUGGAAAGCUUGUCCAAGUUUCGCGAUUGUAAAUUUUACGUUGUCGAAGUGAGCAUCUCGCAGGCGUUGCUUCGAAAGUUUACAAGUCGGAACUGUAUUCUGCACGCCUCUGUCAAAAAUGGUCGGUUAUCAGUGUCGAAAAGCGUGUCGGUUUCUAAGCAGCACCCGAACAAUCUCCAUUUAAUCGUCGUCCCCUUCGACUGCUCCGCGGAAGACGCGACCGUCACCGCCGCCCUCCACGUGAACCACGACAGUACGUGGAGCACCCUUCCGCUUUCGACAGUGGCCGUCGACGUCUCCUACCACUUCACCACACGCCGGUGCCUUUUUCAGGACAAUCCCGUCAUGCAGAUCGCCAAACGGUACAAUCGCGUCUUCGCCGAACGGGUCGUCGAGUACUGUUUUAGGUGCGAGUGUAGCACGAGACACUUCUUCAAGUCGGUCGUUAAGAACUGCUAUCAUCGUCUCGAUCCCGAGAUUCUCACACUUUUGACCGGCAAAAGUGCCCCGGUCACCUCGGUGGAUUUUUACGUCCGAGGCGAGCAGAAGGGCACGCUAAAGGUUGACAGGACACAAAGUACUUUAACGGUUUCGUGCGGCGUGUAUGAUUUGUGCGCCAUUAAACGGUACUUUGUUCGGCAAAUUGUGCAGGAGAAAGUCUCGGUCGACAAAGCGUGGCUCCAUGCAUUUGUAGUGAUCAAGAGUCAUUUACAGGCGGAACUGUGCGAGCGUCCGCUCCGCGCGAAGGAGCUGUGUUCGAUAUACGAGGAGCUACGAAAACUUGUAGGCGAAUUAGCUAUAUAA